UAGGUAGAAGUAGCUACCUACUAGGUUAGAUAGCGGUAAUAAAUAAUAAACCGCAUUAAUGUGUCUGAUGUGAUGACGCGAAAACUAGUUAUCGCUUUCUAUUCAACUCAUUAAUAAGAACAGAAACAUCAAAUAUGCAUACUCAAGCAGUUAUACAUAUAUGCCAUAUACAAAGAUUGUAGUUUCAAAUACACUUCACGUCACGCAUUUUUUUUAAUCAUUUUGAUUCCGUGGCUUUAAUGUAAGGUUAGAUACCGUUUUAUCUUUUGGAUUAGAAAAUAUAUACAUAUAUAUUGUAUACUUACUAUGGUGCAUCAUAAUUUUCAUUAGAGAGACAGUGAAACGCUGACUACGUGAAACGGGCUACUCGAAUUUGAAAGAAGAUAGUAAUAGUGGUUACACAUCUUGAUAAGGUAUCAAUCUUCAUCAUAACCUAGUUUCAGUACUUCGAGCGCGUCUGCCCGUAAUAGUAGUGUGUUUUGUAAACAAAAGACAUAUAACAGUAAAAUGGCCUGUUCAAAAAAUGAAAUGGUCCCUAUCAAAACCAUUCCCGAUGAAGAAAGAAUAAAUAAACUUAAAAUUAUAUAUCAAGAAGAAUUUGGCCGGAAACCAUCGUUUUUUGUUCGAGUUCCAGGCCGAGUUAAUUUGAUCGGAGAACACAUCGAUUACUGCGGCUACCCAGUGUUGCCAAUGGCAUUGGAGCAAGAUAUACUAAUAGCAGUUGGAUUGAUUGAUGAAUUGGAAAUAUCUAUUCGAAAUGUUAAUAAAAAAUAUCCCAACUUUUAUGGAAUAUUGAGUACAUACGAAGAUAUGCAAAUUAAGUCUGAAGUGAACGAAAAACCAAUGUGGUAUAAUUACGUGUUAUGUGGUGUGAAAGGUGCCAUGGAAUAUGUGGGAAACAAAUUUUCACACGGUCUCCAGCUCUGUAUUGAUGGUAACGUUCCGCCAGCUUCAGGUUUGUCCAGUUCAUCGGCUUUAGUGAGUGCAGGAUGUCUUGCCUUUUUAUUUGCUAAUAAUGUAGACAUUAGCAAAUCUGAUAUAGCUUCUCUGUGUGCCAUUAGUGAACGGUACAUUGGCACUCAAGGUGGUGGAAUGGAUCAAGCAAUAGCCUUUUUAGCUGAAAAGCACUGUGCCCAAUAUAUUACAUGGAAGCCACUCAAAGCAGAUGCAGUAACAUUACCUGAAAAUGCUACAUUCGUUGUAGCGCAUAGCUUGGCAGAAGCUAAUAAAGCAGCCACAAAUGACUUCAAUUGCAGAGUAAUAGAAUGUAGACUUGCAGCCCAAAUUUUAGCAUCACUAACAGGCGCGAAGAGUGAUUCUCUGACGGUAACACUGUCUGAAGUUCAAAAAAUACUUAAUGAAAGUCUGGAAAAUAUGGUUAUUUUUGUUCAUAAAUAUUUGCCGCAAGAUAUAUACACCAAAGAUGAAAUAUGUCAAAUACUUGAAAUAGAUAGUACUAAACUGGAUAGUUUAUAUUUAACACCUAAUACACAACACAUUUCAGAAUUUAAACUCAAACAAAGAGCUCUUCAUGUAUAUGAGGAAGCUAUGAGAGUUGAAGCUUUUAGGAACACCUGUAUUAUGCUAACAAAAAAUAAAUUCAAUGGUUCAGCUACAAAUAAUGGUGAUCAUAAAACCAGUCUAGAUGAUACUGUUGAAAUUCUUGGUACUCUAAUGUCAAAAAGUCAUGACAGCUUAAAAAAUUUAUACGAAUGCUCACAUGAAAACCUUGAUCGCCUAGUUGAUAUUUCUAAAGGAAUGAAUGUACACUCUCGUUUAACAGGAGCAGGUUGGGGUGGCUGUAUUGUAGCUUUAUGUCAGAAGCAACAAGUGGAACAAUAUAUUGAAAAGCUUAAGGAACACUUUUAUGUAAACCAUUGUAAAAUUGAUAAAGUAAUGACAAAUCAAUAUGUAUUUUCUACAAGUCCUAAUCAUGGUGCUGUAAUAUAUAGUGAUUGAUUUGUUAUAAUUGUAUGUGUCCAUUGUACAUAGAUUUAGAAUUUUCUCGUUAGGUUAUUCGAUAUGCGGUUCACCGGGGUUUGUUUUGUAUGAAUUAUUGAUAAGCACCCCUGUCAAAAUUGUUUGUGAUUGCAGCACUGCUCGUAAAUUCUAUUUGAUUGUAUAUUCAAUUAUGUAGUUUAUUUAAUUAAUGUUCAAUGUAUUAUUAGUAAGUUAAGAAAUUUAGUUGUAAUUAUUUUAUAUAAGAUACAGUUUUAGUUUCAAAUGUUUAUUCUCUUGGUAAUACAUAUCUGUUUUAGUUAAUAAAUAAUUUAAUAAGAA